CUCAGGGCGCCUAGCUUAUUGAGAAAAAAUGUUGCAAUUAAAAUUGGGAGUUCUGAGUUAUGACCGAUGAAGCAGACAUUUUGUAAUAUUAUAUUUACAAAUGUCAUUACUUUUUAAAUAAAAUUGUAAAUGUUUUGAUAGUUGAAUUUCUGACAAUACAAUUUUUACUGCAGUAUAUUUCAGUAAGUUAGAGGAUCUUACUUCCACAUGAUUGUCCAUCAUGGCGGAGGGUGGCGAGCAAAAGGAGAAAAGUGGCUCGAGUAAAGCCGAUAAAUCGAAAGAAAAUGCAAACAUCGCAGCGAGUGACAAUAGUUAUGACGAAGAACCAGAUUUUAGUGACCCAGAAGACUUCGUUGAUGAUAUCAGCGAAGAAGAAUUGAUGAGUGAUCUUCUGAGUAAGAGACCAAAAGAAGCCGAUGGGAUUGACUCUGUCAUUGUUGUUGACAAUAUACCACAGGUUGGAACAGAGAGAUUAGAAAAACUUCAGAAUGUCAUCAGAAAAAUAUUUUCUAAAUACGGCAAAAUAAUCACAGAGCACUAUCCAAAACAAGAUGGUAAAACCAAAGGAUAUAUAUUUUUGGAGUAUACCUCACCAGCCAAUGCGUCUGAUGCAGUGAAGAAUUUGAGUGGCUAUAAAUUAGAUAAACAACACACAUUUGUUGUGAACCUGUUUACUGAUUUUGAAAAGUAUGCUUCAAUUCCAGAUGAGUGGGAACCACCUCAAAAACAGCCGUAUAAAGACCAUGGUAACUUGAGGUCCUGGUUGCUUGAUACUGAUUGCAAUGAUCAGUAUAGUGUUAUAUACGAUGGUGGAGAAAGAACGACUAUAUUUAUGAAUACUGGAACCGAUCAAGUUGCCGUUGAGGAGAGAGCUCGCUGGACAGAGACGUACGUUAGAUGGUCCCCAAAGGGAACAUACCUUGCUACCUUUCAUCAGCGUGGUAUUGCAUUAUGGGGCGGAGAAAAUUUUGUUCAAAUCAUGCGUUUCAGCCAUCCUGGUGUCCAGCUUAUUGAUUUCUCUCCUUGUGAAAGAUACAUGGUAACAUUCAGUCCCCUAGUAGACAAAAAAGAAGAUCCACAGGCUAUUAUCAUAUGGGAUAUACGUACUGGUGCCAAGCGAAGAGGUUUUCACUGUGAAAAUGCAGCACAGUGGCCAAUUUUCAAAUGGAGUCACGACGGCAAAUACUUCACCAGAAUGGCAAUAGAUAGUCUUAGUGUGUAUGAAGUUCCCUCUUUUGGACUUCUUGACAAGAAAAGUAUUAAGAUUGAAGACAUUAGGGAUUUUUCUUGGUCUCCAAGUGAUUACAUGUUAGCUUAUUGGACCCCAGAAAACAGUGAUAUACCAGCAAGAGUGACAUUGUUAGAAAUACCUUCACGUAAAGAAGUCCGGGUGAAAAAUCUGUUUAAUGUAGCUGAAUGUAAAAUGCACUGGCAGAACAAGGGUGAUUUACUCUGUGUUAAAGUGGAUAGAUACACCAAGAGUAAAAAGGUCCAGUUCUGUAAUUUUGAGAUUUUCCGCAUUAGGGAAAAACAGAUUCCAGUUGAACAGGUGGAGAUUAAGGAGAGCAUCAUGGCAUUUGCGUGGGAACCUGGCGGUACCAAAUUUGCUAUUCUACAUGGAGAAAACCCCAGAAUAUCUGCCAGUUUCUACCUAGUCACUAAAGGAAAAGUGGAACUACAAAAGGUUAUGGACAAAAAGGUUGCUAAUCAUAUUUUCUGGUCUCCAAAUGGUCAAUUUAUUGUCCUUGCAGGCCUUAGAAGCAUGAGUGGUGCAUUGGAAUUCAUUGAUACCUCAGACUACACUCUUAUGAAUAGUGCUGAGCAUUUCAUGGCAACUGAUCUGAAAUGGGAUCCAACUGGACGUUAUGUAGUGUCUGGAGUCAGGUGGUGGGGACAUAAGGUUGAUAAUGCUUAUUGGGUUUGGAGUUUCCAAGGAAGACUUCUACACAAGCAAACUCUAGAUAGAUUCUGUCAGUUGUUAUGGCGACCACGUCCUCCCACUCUUCUGAGUCAGAAUAAACUAAGGGAAAUCAAAAAGAACAUGAAGUCUUAUAACAAGCAGUUCGAGUUGAAAGAUAGAAUGAGUCAAUCCAAGGCUUCUAAGGAAUUGAUUGAAAAGCGACAUCAAUUGAUGGAAGAAUUCCGAAAGUAUCGCCGAGAAGUUGAAGAUGUGUAUGAUGACAACAAAUUAAUUCGUCUUGAACUUCGCAAUGGCAUUGAUACCGAUGAAUUUGACAGCCAUGUUGAUGAAUGUGAUGAAGAAGUUAUUGAAUUCCUAGUAAAAGAAACCACUGAAAUAAUUGACGAGUGAAACAUAUACGACAAAACGCUCACCUAGACCAACUAUUUGGGAGAGGGGAGUUGGUCCAGGAACUCACUUGCGGUUUAUCCGUUAAGUUUCAAGGAAAUAAAAAAAAAAUCGUAGUUUAUAGUAUAGAUAUAUUUGAUUGCAGUUUAAGUUUAUCUUGUUCUUCUCUUUUAUUAAUUACUGUAAGUUUUAGUAAAUAAUCUCGCUUUGAUUUCAUUUAAUAGUCUUUCUUUCAAGCAUGUCACUCUUACACAGAACACUGAUAUCAUCAACAGCUGUCGCAAGUCUGGUUCAGUCUCAUUCAAUUUGUCAUCAGCAACCAAUCACAGGGUAGUGUUCAUAUCACUCUUGUUUGACUGCUGCCUGCUUGUUGGUUGACUUGCAUAUUGAGUUGGACUGUUUUCAACCUUUCCCAGCCGCUGAUAUUUUUGUGUUUUUUGUGAGUGUUUUGUACAUGUGAAUGAAAGAAACAAUUUUCAUGCAAUUAGAUAAUACCCAUAAUACAAUGCAACUAUUUUGCGUCAGUUUCCCACUGUAUCAUUGGUAAGUCAUUAUCAAUGUGACAGUUAUGGAAACCAUUUCAUGCAACCUUCACAUCUCCUGGUUAUGGUACUUAGUUUUUUAUCAAUUUAGUAAUUUACUUCUGUUCAUGGAUAUAUCUCCUGUGUUCCUGGUUAUUAUUGGGUCAUUUUUUCGGAAUUCAAACUUUUAGAAACAUUGCAUGUAAUUCAGCAUCUCCAUUACUAUGAGAUAAAACCAUACAAAUAUUACUUGAAUCAUUUUAUUCCAGCAAUAAUUCACUGCGCUGGAAACAUAUUCAUGCACAGUGUUUUAAAACAUAGUUUCACUUGACUAAUAAAAUAGCAGUGGUAGAUAGAAUAAUUAUCCUGUGUGUGAUUUGUAAUGAAUUAUGUUGAACAUCUUGUGAAUAAAAUUGAACACACAGAAUG